AUGCAAACAAACGCCAAUUUAUCAGCCAUCUCAAGUACCAUUAGUACCCUGCAGAAUAUUCUGUCACUGUCGGAUGUAGUCGGGCAAGAGGUCUCAAGCCAAAACGGUGUCAACUAUCGUCGCCGGCAACGUAACGAAAUGCAGUUCACGAUUGCGCGGUCCAAAAAUUAUUCAUCGCGCUUGCCCAUGGAAAUCCUCGCCCAGAUUUUCCUGUACUGCAUCCCAGAAGGAAACUGGAAGCCUGUACCGCGUCGGGCUCCCAUGCUAUUUAGUAUUAACCACAGACAUUCUCUCGUACCUGCUGUCCACUGGCGGCGGCAGACUUCGGCGGACUAG